AUGCAAUUUCAACUAACCAUUCUUCUGCACCUUGGGUUACUCAGUUACACCAAAGAUCAAGAGGAAUGCAACAUGGGUGCCUGCCGUCCCCCCACUGGCAACCUCCUAGUGGGCCGUGGUGAUCAGCUCUCAGCCUCUUCCACUUGCGGGCUCAGUGGAGUCCAGAAAUACUGCAUCCUCAGCUACCUUGAGGGGGAACAAAAAUGCUUCAUCUGUGAUUCCAGAUUUCCAUAUGAUCCAUACACCCAACCCAACAGCCACACUAUUGAGAAUGUCAUCACUAGUUUCGAGCCAGAUAGAGAAAAUAAAUGGUGGCAAUCUGAAAAUGGUCUUGAUCAUGUCAGCGUCAGACUGGACCUAGAAGCAUUGUUUCAGUUCAGCCACCUUAUUCUGAAAUUUAAGACUUUCCGGCCAGCUGCGAUGUUAGUUGAACGUUCCACAGACUACGGACAUAGCUGGAAAGUGUUCAAGUAUUUUGCAAAAAACUGUGCUGCUUCCUUCCCCAAUAUCUCAUCUGGCCAGGCCCAGGAAGUGGGAGACCUUGUUUGUGACUCCAAAUACUCGGAUAUUGAACCCUCAACUGGUGGUGAGGUUGUUUUAAAAGCAUUGGACCCCAGAUUUCACAUAGAAAACCCUUACAGUCCCUACAUACAAGACCUCAUGACAUUAACAAACCUGAGGAUAAACUUUACCAAACUCCACACCCUUGGGGAUACUUUGCUUGGAAGAAGGCAUAAUGAUUCCUUUGACAACUACUACUAUGCUGUGUCUGAGAUGGUGGUUCGGGGCAGUUGUUUUUGCCAUGGGCAUGCCAGUGAGUGUGGGCCCAGGCAGAUGGUGCGAGGAGAUGUUUUCAGUCCUCCUGGAAUGGUUCACGGCCAGUGUGUCUGUCAGCACAAUACAGAUGGCCCGAACUGUGAGAGAUGCAAGGACUUCUUCCAGGAUGCUCCUUGGCAGCCAGCAGCAGGCCUCCGGGAUAGUACCUGCAGAGCCUGUCGCUGUAACCACCACGCCCAGCGCUGUCACUUUGACAGGUCCCGGUACGUGGCGAGCGGUGGUCUAAGUGGGGGCGUGUGCGAGGACUGCCAGCACCACACCGAGGGACCGCACUGCGAGCGCUGCAGACCCCUCUUCUACAGGAACCCCAGCAGGCCCCUCUCCGACCCUUACACGUGCCUUCCUUGUGAGUGCGACCCUGAUGGGACCAUAUCAGGUGGUAUUUGUGUGAGCCACUCAGAUCCUGCCUUGGGGACUGUGGCGGGCCAGUGCCUGUGUAAGGAGCACGUGGAAGGAGCCAAGUGUGACCGGUGCAAGCCACACUACUAUGGACUGAGCGCCACUGAUUCCCUGGGCUGUCAGCCCUGCAACUGCCACUCCUGGGGGAGCCUGCCACUCUCCACCUGUGAUGCAGACACAGGCCAGUGUCUAUGCCAACCGUUUGCCACUGGACCGCGCUGUGAAGAAUGCAUCGUUGGAUACUGGGGACUAGAAAAUCAUCUCCGUGCUUGUUCUCCCUGUGGCUGUGAUGUUGGAGGUGCUUAUUCUAAUGCGUGCUCACCCCAGACUGGGCAGUGUGAAUGCCGCCCAGACAUCACUGGCCGGACCUGCACAAAGCCAGCCCCUGGCUAUUUCUUUGCUCCUUUGACUUUCUAUCUCUAUGAGGCAGAGGAAGCUAUGCCACUCCAGCAACUUGCACCUUUGGAUUCCGUAGCUUCUGAACAGGUGUCUGCUGUUCACGUUAUUUUCCGAGAGCCUAUUCCAGGGACCCCUGUAACAUGGACAGGCCCUGGGUUUGCGAAGGUUCUCCCUGGGACUGGCCUGAGAUUUGUCAUCAACAACAUUCCCUUUCCCAUGGAUUUUGCUAUUGCCAUUCGCUAUGAAGCACAGACUUCAGCCAACUGGGCUGCCCAGAUCAUGGUAACCCCCUCUGAGGAAAGAAAGCACUGUUCACAUAAGACCCCACAGGGAAAGUCUUCACUGUUUACCUUACCAACUACUUCCAGAGUCAUGCUGCUUCCCACAACCAUCUGCUUAGAACCAGAUGUACAGUAUUCCAUAGAUGUCUAUUUUUCUCAGUCUCUGGAAGGAGGUUCCCAUGCUCAUUCACACAUCCUGGUUGAUUCUCUUGGUCUUAUUCCACAAAUCAGUUCACUGGAAAAUUCCUUCAGCAAGCAGGACUUAGAAGAGUAUCAGCUACAUAACUGCAUGGAAAUUGCCUCAGAAAUAGGAUCUCAGGUGCUCCCUGGUGUAUGUGAAAGGCUUAUUGUCAGUCUGUCUGCCCUGUUACACAAUGGGGCCUUGGCCUGUAACUGUCACCCUCAAGGCUCAUUGGGGCCUCACUGUAGCCAACUGGGAGGUCAGUGCCAGUGUCAGCCUCGGGUGACGGGGCGCAGCUGUGACAGAUGCUCACCAGGAAGCUACAAGCUGGGCCAUCAAGGCUGUCUCGAAUGUCACUGCCAUCCUCAAGGCUCAAAGAGCACUGUGUGUGACCAAAUAACCGGACAAUGCUCCUGCCACAGAGAGGUGACUGGUCACCAUUGUGAUCAGUGCCUGGCGGGCUAUUUUGGAUUUCCCAACUGCCGCCCUUGUCUUUGCAAUGGUUUUGCUGAACUUUGUGACCCAGAGACAGGCUUCUGCAUUAACUGUAAAGGUCUUACAGCUGGAAGAAACUGUGAAAGAUGCAUCGAAGGUUACCACGGAAAUCCUUCUGCAGGACAGUCCUGUCGCCCUUGCCAGUGUCCAGGGGUACCUUCAAGCAACCAGUAUUUUGCCCAUUCCUGCUAUCAGAAUCCUUGGAGCACAGAUGUCAUAUGCAAUUGUCAUCAAGGUUACACAGGGGCACAGUGUGAAGAAUGUGCUGCCGGAUUCUAUGGAAAUCCAAGAACUGGGGGAGCCCCCUGCCAGCCCUGUGCCUGCAACAAUAACAUUGAUGUCACGGAUGCGGGGUCCUGCAACCAAGUGACAGGGGAAUGCCUUAGAUGCCUGCACAACACUCAAGGCCCCAACUGCCAGUUCUGCAAACCGGGUUACUUUGGCUCAGCCUUCAAUCAGACCUGCAAGAGAUGCUCCUGUUAUCCUUUGGGAGUGAAUCCUGCAGAAUGUCCCCCUGACCUGGAAGUUUGUCUCUGUGACCCUGACACUGGCUCAUGUGCUUGCUUGCCAAACGUCACAGGACAGAAUUGUGAUCAUUGUGCUGAUGGAUACUGGAACCUGAUCCCGAGCAGAGGCUGUCAACCAUGUGAUUGUGACCCCAGGACCUCUCACAGCAGCCAAUGUGAUCAGUUUACAGGCCAGUGUCCAUGUAAAUCAGGAUACGGUGGGAAACACUGCAGGGAGUGUAAAAAAAAUCAUUAUGGUGGCCCACUAGGACAGUGCAUUCCCUGUGACUGCAACAGGGAAGGGACCCAGGAGCCCAUCUGUGACCAGGCCACAGGCACGUGCCACUGCCGAGAGGGUGUGAGUGGCCAGCGAUGUGACCACUGUGCCCGAGGUCACGGCCAGGAAUUCCCUGCUUGUUUGCGGUGUCAUCUGUGCUUUGAUCAGUGGGACCAUACCAUUUCUGCUCUCUCCAAAGCCGUGCAAGGGUUAAUUAAGCUGGCUGCUAACAUGGAAGAUAAAAGAGAGGCCCUAUCUGUCUGUGAGGCCGACUUCAAAGGCCUCAGAAAGAACAUGUCUGAAAUAGAAAAGAUUUUGAAAUAUCCUGUUUUCUCAUCUGGAGAAUUCUUAAAAGUCAAGGAUUAUCAAGAUUUUUUGGGGAAACAGAUCAUGCAACUAAGUGAACAACUGAAAACAGUGUAUGAAUUUCAAGAUCUGAAAGAAACAAUAAUAACAAUGGGAAAUACAGCAAAUUUCUUGGUUGAAGAUAUUCAGAAAAAAAUUGGUUUGUACUCCAAAUCCCAUAAUACAAGCAUCAUGGAUUCCUUAGAGAAUAUCAAGAUGCAUUAUCAAAGAUCAUCAUCUGCUGAAAAGAUAACUAAGGAAACUUUCUCUGACAUAAAUAACUCUAAAAAAACCAGGACUGACUUAGUUACCACCUUAGAUACACUAUUCUCAAAAGGAAACUUAUCGUUGGAAACAUUAAAGCAGAUUAAGUUACCAGAUAUCCAAAUAUUGAGUGAAAAGGUAAUUUUCACCAUGAGCAAUUUCCCUUGUAAGGUGUGUGGGGACCAUCUGUGUGUGAGUUCAUCCUGCAGUGGCCCUAUUUGUCCUGGCUCCCUGAAUCUGUCCAGAAACGCCUUCCAGAAAGCCCAGGAUGCAGAAUCUCUAAUUCACAAUUUGAACAACCAGGUUCAAGGAUUGAAAACUCAGAUAAAAAAUACAAGCAAACUGGCAGAAGUCUCCCAAAACAAUACCUUACAACUGAGUGAGAAACUAAGAAAUAUGAAAAACCAAAGUGAAUCUGAAGAAGAAAAAAUAAAUCUUUUAAUUAAAAAGCUGAAAAAAAUUGUGUUAGAGGAAAACGUGCCUCCAGAGGAUAUAGAGAAAAUUGCAAAUCAUGUACUCGACACCCACCUACCAAUAACAUCACAAAAUCUAACCCAUGAACUUGACAAAAUAAGGAAACUGACACAACUUCGUGAGGACUAUAAGAGAGAUGAGAACAAGCUAAAGAAAGCAGCAGAUGAAGUUCCAAAGAUUUUACAAAAGGCCAAAGAAGCUGAAGAAGCAGCAAAUGUUCUAUUGAAUCUUGACAACAUGUUGAAUGACUUGCAACAAGUUCAGAUCAUUCAAGGACAAGCAAAUUCUGCCAUCACACAGCUGACUGCCAAGAUAACAAAUAUCAGAAAGAAUGUAUUGCAGGCUGAAAAUCAAACAAAAGAAACUCGGAGGGAAUUGGACCUUGAAGAGCGACAGUUAGACUUGAAGGAUGGGCUUUCCCAGCUACAGACCAAGCUGCAAAGGAACCAAGAGCAAACCCUCCUUGCAAAAGCUCAGGCUGAAUCAGCUCAGCGUCAGGCCGGGGGCCUUGAGGAGGGCUAUGUUGAGUUGAAAAAUCAAUAUGCUGCUCUUCAACAUAAGACAAGCGCUACAGGACUGACAAAAGAAACAAUAGAAAAAGUGAAACGGCUAAAAGAUGCAGCAGAAAAAUUGGCUGAAGAUACAGAAGACAAAAUAAGAAGAGUAACGGAUUUGGAAAAGAAGAUUCGAGAUUUAAAUUUAAGUAGGCAAGAAAAAGUUGAUCAACUGAAACAGUUGGAAGAUCAAGUCAUUGCAAUUAAAAAUGAAAUUGUUGAACAAGAAAAUAAAUAUGCUGAAUGCUAUACUUAG